AUGGAUAACGUGGACUUUGAUCACAUCGUUUACCUUAUGAAUGUUCCUAGAGUGGUGACAAACAGCAACUCAGAAACGAGGACGAAGGACAGUCCGGUUGCUAAUGAACAAGAGAGCGUGUAUGAGACCAUAGAUGAAACCAGAAUGGCGGAAGUCAUGGCCUACAGGGACAACAGCGCCCUCUGUGCUGAUCUCCUCUUCAUCACGAGCUCGCCGGAAAUGUGUGACGUUGUCUUCAUCGUCGGCAAGGAGAAAGUGCCCGUCUAUGGCGUGAAAGCCAUACUAGCAACAAGAAGCAGAGUUUUCUUCUCGAUCAUAUUUACCGACACCCCAGUUGAAAAACUCACUUCGAAAAAGUCCACAAAGACGAGGCUAAUUUCCCGACUCCGUAAUUUUACCAAAGUGAGGAAGACAGACACAUCCAAAGUUUCCCGCCAACUCGUAAUCCGCGUAACAGAUUUUGAACCGGAACCAUUUCGAGAGGUCAUCACCUUCCUACACAGUGGGCGGAUACACAUCGCACAAGACAACGUCAUAGGGCUUAUGAAUGUGGCGGACACAUAUGGACUGGAUGACCUGAGGAUGACGUGUUGUCAGUACGCACGCGCGUGUAUCACGCAGAAGAGAGUACUUCCACUUCUGUUGUCAACUCAGCCGUAUUCAAGUUUCAAAUGGACAAAGAUUAUCAGUCUGGAGAUCAUGGAUUUCGUGUGCCUGAACGCACAAGAUCUCUUGCGACAACGGGCGUUUGAAGCCCUUUCCCAGAACGUAGUAGCGACUAUUUUAUCGAAAUCUAACCUAAGGGCAACGGAGGAGGCAAAAUGGGAUGCUGUAUUCCGGUGGAGCAGACGACAGUGUGAUCAUCUUGAUGAUCGGAACUUCCGAGCCACGCUCCGCUCUAUGAGUGCCUCUCUCAACUUUUGCGAUAUCCCUCUGUGCAAGUUGAGGAACGCCAUUCAACCGCUUGGUAUUGUGUCCGAUGACGUCAUUAACAGAGCUAUCUCACAUCAAAGCCGUCCUAGGUUUGUGAUUGGCCAGUCUGAUGAAUCCGAAGCACGUCCCCGACGACUGAAUAAGCAGAGAGGCUCCACUCGUCUCCCCAGCGAAGGUCCACGCAGAAUUACAAUUGGUAGCGGCAUUUUCCCACUUCAACCACUGGCGUCUUCAACCUUCAACUCUUCCCGACUGAAUGCCUCGGACAGUGGUUUUGUUCUCUCCUCUGCUAAUUGUUCUGUUGUCUCCAGACUGUGA